GUGGCUGGGCCGACUCCAUCAUGCUGUUGGGGAUCUGGGCCUGCUGCCCAGCAUCCCUGGGGUAUCCAGGUGGUGACUGUAGUCUCAUCCCCCAGUGUUUGCAAAGUAAGGCUGACAUCCUCUUGCCCCAAUGCCAGACCCUUUUCUGGGGUUGUGUCAGUGGAGACCGAAGUCCCAUCCAUGGACAUCAGUUCAAGCUGCCGCUGUGAGGUGCUGAUUGCAUCCUCUUCCUGUAGCUUCUGCGGUGCUGAUUGUUGUGGGCAGAGGUCAACAACGGCAUGCCCUGAGGCCAGCUUUUCUGCUGGAGGCUCGCUGGCUGGUUCCUCCUCAGCAGAAAAGUCAAUCAAAUCCCCAGUGUCUGGAACUGGUGUCUGGGGAUAAGGGUUCACCAUCUCCUGUCCAUGAAACCCAGAAGAUGUUACCAGUGCUGGGCAGAGUUCAGUAAUGUUUGGCCCUGUUGCCAGCUCUUCUGCUGGAGGCUCACCAGUCUCCUGAAUUUUCACUGCCGAUUCUUUGGCAUGCUGCUGAACAUGUUUUAGCAGUUGCCUGUAUGCCCUUUCCAGAUGCUGUUCUUUCAUCAGCAGGUAUUCCAGAUCUGGUUCAAGCUGUGAGAUCCCUGUGAGACCGAACAU